CAGUUCUGCACUUCAUCACCUCCAUCACCACGGACGGUCGCCAUGGACGAGGAGGACGAUCCCCAUGACGGCCCUGGCCUUAUCAAGCUCGAUAUGCAGCAGUUUGGAAAAGGCACUAUGGAAGAUCCCUUGCGGCAUGCUCUGGGCAUGCGCACGGCACAAGAUCAGUACAAGAUGCAGAUGUGGAACAGUUUUCCAUCUCUUUUCCAGAACACCAUUUUCCAUGGCGAGCAGGACAAGGAGGUGCAAAGACUACGAAAGAGCGGUUCCCUGUCCGAAAAGAUGGCUCAUGCGAAAGAACUGAAGGAGGAAGGGAACAACCUCUUGAAGUCGAGCAGGAGACCGAUCUCUGCGGGCUAUAGUGGGCCAGACUCAUUGAGUCAAGAGAUUGAGCAAGUAGAAGCGGCCAUUUGGGAGAAGGAGCGCGAGUUGAAGGAGCUGCGACAGCACCUGAUUGCGCUGAAAGCUCAGGUCUGUCGUCCACAGGAGCAGGAGAUGGAGGAAGAGGAGGAUGAGCAGCAGGGAUUGGAAGAAGCAGUGCGGCGAUAUGAAAAAGCAGCUGGAUUGCUCAGAUAUGUUGAGUGCACUCGUCCAGAUUGGAAGAAUGACGAUGGCUCCUACAAGGGCAUCGAGGACGACUUCCUGCGUGUGGACGAGACGGCCUUGCAGGGGCAGAGUGUUGGGGCUCAGGAGGAAGGAGCUUGAGGUUUGGACUGUUGGCUUAAGCGAAGGAGAUUCGGGGAAGAGGGUGAUAAUUGAUGAUAAGUGCAUCGACAAAUGCUCUUUGAUGGUGUUUUGGCUCAGG